AUGACAGCUCAGAUUUGCCUUGCGACGUGCGAUGGCCUUGCUGGGGCAAGCUUCAGCGGCCACAACUCUUCGGACUUCCUCGUGAAACAGUACAGCAUCGACGAGGAUGGCAGCUUUGAGAUGGUUCGUGCGAUCCAGGAGCUAUCAAUGCUUCAAGUACCAGAGGAAGUACUGGCCAACGCCAAAGAACAGCAGCAGCUCCUGCAGGCGGCCUUAUUUCACAUGGAAGACGUCUCCUCCAGAUCUCGCGCGGUGUUGGCACGACUCAAAGGCCAGCUCACGACCGCUGCGAGCAAAGAGCAGGUGGUGAUCCAGGAGCCAUGCUUCCCAGCAGAACCAGUCUCUACAGACGGAGAACAAGAGGCAGUGAGAAGUUCCGCCUGUUCGCAAAAUGCACCACCAGAAGCAGUGGUUGGGAAGUCUGCUCCGGACUCAGCUCGUGUGGCGACGGUUUUACAGCAGUCCAGUUUCAGGAGGCAGGCAACCAGUGGUGCUCUACGCGAUCACAUCCGUAACGAAACACGAGCCAAUAUUCCAGCUUGGUCUGAAGGUAUUGGGACAUUCCUGCAGAAAGCUGCUGUGCGAAUUGUGAACAGCUGGGUCUUUGAGCUUUAUAUUCUUGCAGCUAUUGUUCUGAAUUCAGUCAUCAUUGGGAUUGAAAGUGAGCUGCGCCUUGAUGACGGGAAUCUCGAGUGGGCUGCACCUGUGGAAGUGGUGCUGCUUGGCAUCUACACCAUUGAGAUUGUUUUGAGGGUUCUGGCUGGAGGAUCAAAGAUAUUCUGUGAAGGUUGGUUCCUCUUUGAUCUGAGUCUGGUGGUUUUCUCGUACUUGGAGCGUGUCAUUGCCGGUGUCGCCGGUGAAGCACAGCAGCAGAUUAUUGUCUUGCGCUUGCUGCGCCUCUUUCGCCUCAUCCGUUCAUUUCGCAUGGUCAAGCAGAUCAAGCCUCUGUGGCGCUUGGUGCAUGGUCUCAUGGCUUCAGCGGACACAGUACUUUCCACCUUAAUGCUGUUGUUGCUGGUACUGUAUGUGUUCGGUGUCUUGGGCCUUGAGCUCAUUGCAGUCAAUCCCCGGUUUCAGUCCGAUCCAGCUGCGAACGCGGUGAUUCGUGAGAACUUCAGCUCGCUGGGUAUGUCGAUGGUUACUCUCACUCAGUUCAUCACCAUGGAUAACAUAUCCGCGAUCUACCUCCCAAUGGUCAAGCUGGAGCCAGCGAUAUUCUUCUUCUUCGCCGUGCUGAUUCUCAUUGUAUCAGUUUCGGUGAUGAAUCUCGUGACUGCAGCCCUCGUCGAGGGAUCCAUGGAACAUGCGAGGGCAAUGCGAAAAGAGGACGACAGGAUCAGGAGUGCCAACACGAAAACCAUGCUGCCCGAGAUUCUGAAGCUGUUUGAUCUAGCAGAUGCAGAUGGGAGUGGCGAGAUAGCCAUCGAGGAGAUGCGUGAGUUCGAACGCAGCGGUCAAAUUCCGGACCAGCUUUUGGACCAAGCAUCUGUGGGCAGCAUGACUGAGCUUUUCAACGUUUUGGACGUUGACAAAUCUGGAGUCGUGACCCGCGAAGAAUUUGUUGAAGGUCUUAUGGACAUCUUAUUACGAGAUGUACCCGUAUCCCAGAUGCAGCAGCUGAAGAUGCUUCGCCUCAUAAAGGACUCCAUCUCAGAUUUGGAAAGCAAGAUGAGGUGGCUGGAGGAGCAGUCAGCGACUCUUUGA